AUGGAUAAAGACAAUGAAUUCAAACAAGAAAUCGGCAAUAAAGAAAAAGAGCUACCGACAGAAGAAGAGAAAUUGGUCGAUUCUGGCAAAGAGUUGAAGGACAUCGCUGAAACUACUCAUGAUGCGGUGAAUAAUGACGAAGCGAAAAAUAUACUCGACAAUAUGUCAGAGAAACUCACGGGAGUGAAAAAAGGCGUUGGUUUCGUUUUCACUGAUCAUACAUGCCUAAAUGUAAAAUUUAUUGCAGAUCGAAGCGGCUAA